AUCUGAUCUGUCAUCUGCAUGCUUAUAAAGGCAGGGGAGUUUUUCCUAGUUGAGUGACUACAAAGUGAAGAAAUAUGAAUACAAAGGUUCUUUUAAACUUAAAAUCUUCGAUAGUGAACCUUUGUACGAAAAGCUACUUACAUAAUAAUGUAGCCAGCGUAACAAAGAUACAUAGAGACAUAUACGCAAGAAUGUAUCCUACUAAAGUUGUUUUACCUGAUGGAGCUUCAAUUAAUAUAAGAUACCACGAACCCAGGAAAAUUAUAAAGCUUCCCAUAGAUUUGUCCAAAUUAUCUGAAGAAGAGAAGAAGUUGAGAUUAGAAAAGAGAAAGCCAAAGAAGAAAGUCAAAAUUGUCGAUGAUAUACAAGAUGAUUACAAUGCUAAGAAAUAUUUAAAAUAUAUCAAGAAAAAGUGAUUUUUGUGACUUAGUAUUAGAGAAUCUUUAGACAUAAUAGUAUAAAUAAAAAGUGUGUUAUUGAAA